UGCCCUCCUCUGCUCAUUCCAUUCCAAAGCACGGCCCCUAAGAGCUGCUGCAUUUUUAUCAGAGCCGGGUGAUUGUGACAGAUUGGCCAAAUGACACACAUGCACAGACACACAUCCGCAGACACGCUGCCUGGGGAGGGACCACACAGCACCUGGCUCCAGCUAUAAAACCCUCCCAGGACCGGGCGGCGUCCUGCCCUGAGCUGGACAGUAGCAGGACACGAGCCUCCACCAUGAACGACAUCUACAAGGCAGCGGUCGAGCAGCUGACGGACGAGCAGAAGAACGAGUUCAAGGCAGCGUUUGACAUCUUCGUCCAAGACGCGGAGGACGGCUGCAUCAGCACCAAAGAGCUGGGGAAGGUGAUGCGGAUGCUGGGCCAGAACCCCACCCCCGAGGAGCUGCAGGAGAUGAUCGACGAGGUGGACGAAGACGGCAGCGGCACCGUGGACUUCGACGAGUUCCUGGUCAUGAUGGUGAGGUGCAUGAAGGACGACAGCAAAGGGAAGUCGGAGGAGGAGCUGGCCGAGCUGUUCCGCAUGUUCGACAAAAACGCGGACGGCUACAUCGACCUGGACGAGCUGAAGAUGAUGCUGGAAUCCACAGGGGAGGCGAUAACGGAGGACGACAUCGAGGAGCUGAUGAAAGACGGCGACAAGAACAACGAUGGCAAGAUCGACUACGACGAGUUCUUGGAGUUCAUGAAGGGAGUGGAAUAAUCCAGACCAGAGGAGAUCCUCACUCUGUUUGUCCACUGUCGUCGGUGGAGAAUUUGAUCCCAACACUUAGAUUUAGUGAUUCUGUAUUUUUCUACCAUCUCCUAUCGUUGUAAAUACAGUUCAUCCAGUAACUC